AUGGAGCCUCGUCUGGCUGCUGGACGUCAAGCGACGGAGCGUGUGGAGCUAACUCGGCAGGGUAUCGGCAGGGCUACAGAGAGCGCUGCGGCGCUCGCUGACCAACUCGUUCUCGAAUUCCUCGUCAUGGAGCUCACCGAACCACCGGCUGCCCAGCUGGCCAAGACGGCUGGUGAUGGAGCUCAACUGCAGUUCAUCAGCAGCAUGUUUGAUCGUAACCCUAUUCUGGAACGUCUUGCAGCGAGUGUGGUGGUCCAACUACUCGGUCCAGCCAUGCAACGAAAUUCGCUUCAUCAACACGAAGAAUUUGACGAGUCAGCUAUCCCGGUGGAGAAUUCCCAACAUCUCCGUCUGCUUUAUCAAAUUCGUGAAGUUCUCCAACGACGUAAUACUCUACAUCAAAAUGUGCAAGUGGAGACAUCAUCCCGAACUGUACUAUCACCACCACCACCACCACCACCCUAUCCGAACCUACCGUCACUCUAUGUCGCACCCGAUUACCACUCUCAACUAAGCCUUGCCGCAAAGACAUGUGUGCGAAAUGCAUUGUGUUACGAAAAAAUGGAGGGCAAUGACAUCACCAUGUCUGUGAAAGUGUACAUUCCGUCACCGCCACCUGGAGUGAAGUGCAGCUACAUCGGACGUCUUAUUGGACCCAAUGGGAUAACCAUCAGAGAGCUGCAACUGGAGACCCGAUGCCAUAUUCGCCGUACGUGGCAGAGGGAGCAUAAAGGCAAGGCUACACCUAUGAAAGCGUCGUCUGCACCUCCUUAUUCACAGGGUCCUUUUCAGGAUAGUAAGCUGUUCCGCAAGAUGCGUCAUAAGCCAGGAUUCGGUCAUCUCAGGGAAGACACUCAUGUGCUCGUCGAAGCCAAGGGCACGUCGCGCGCUGAAUGCCGAACAUUGAUCGAGAAGGCGAAAAAGCGUAUUGCCGAUAUGUUCACUCCGGAAUUCGACUCAUUGAAACGUGAACAACUCAUUCAUCUGGCGAUGCUGAACGGAACCUACAGACAGAGUCUUCCCUCACCAAGAUCAUCUACAUGA